AGGCUCUAGUUGAAGGAUCUCUCCAUUGGGUGACUUUUGUUGGGAUGGAAGGAGACGGUCCUAUCUUUGGUAUUAUCUCCUUCGAGCUUGCAGAUGAGGUGUUCGAAGAAAUUCCGCACCCACCAUGUCAACGAUUUGUGUCAUGGCGCUACAGUCUUUCCGUGCUCAAUGGGUGUCUAUCGGCUGCUAGGUUAGUUGAUAAUUUGCAUUUUGAUAUCUGGGUGAUGAAGCAAUACCAUAUUAAGGAAUCUUGGGUAAAACAAUUCUCCUUGGAUCCCUAUUUUGCUGGUGGAUGGCCAAGCUAUCCAAGAAUAUUUCCCGAAGUUAUAUGCGCACUGAAGAAUGGUGAGAUUCUGUUGCAGUAUGAUGACAGUUCUCUGUUUUCUUUUGAUCCUGUGGAAAACAGAUUCAAAACUCUUCAAAUGAGUGGGCUACCCAAUGAGUUCCCCAAUGAGUUCCAGGCACUUCCUUUUCUACCUUCUCUUUUCUCAGCAAAAGCAACCAUGAAUUCGCAAGUUUAACUUCUCUUUUUCUGUAAGACUCUACUACUAGUUUUUAGUUUGUGUUGAAUCUUAGAACAUCAAUGCAUCAGUAACAUGAAGAUUUUGCUUCAAGCUGGGUGGGAAGAUUAAUAAGAGUUUUAUGUCCUGAAGCAAGGGAUAUUAAUAUUACUGAUCAUGGUUUGAAGUUAGUCGAAGAUAGAGGCUGCAGGCAGGAAUGAAGUUGAAGUUGUCACUCGAGGCAAGCAGAAUACUGGAUUAAUUUCAGGUUUUGCUCUACAAUUUUGUUCUUGUGCUAGAUGAAGUAAUUGUCAU